AUGAGGAAUAUAUACGCUUUUGCCCUGCUGCUUAUUGCAGUUUUUGCAAGCACCACCAGCGGAGCCAGCGUUUCCGACCUUCUGUGUCGCAACAAGGCCAACGGCAUUCGGGCUCUGGUACCCGGCAGUUGCUCCAGGUUCUAUGAGUGCCAAAAUGGCGUUGCCAAGGAAUACUCCUGUCCCAAGUUCUACGACUUCAAGAUCCGCAGCUGCGUAACCUAUAAUCCUGGUUGUGUCGAGGGCGUUGUCGUUGAGCCAGAGGUCCAUCAAUCCGUCCGUGAUACGGCCCAACCGUGCAAAGGAGCGACAACCACUCCGCCACCUUGUGAAACCACCACACCGCCUUGUACCAAGACCACUACACAAACUCCGUGCUCGGGAAUAACUACAACUACUACGACUACACCAGCUUCAACAACAACAACGUGUGCUCCAACAACGACCACAACUACUACAACGACAACCACCACAACGACAACAACCACAACGACAACCACCACAACUACUACAACUACAACAACAACCACUACAACAACGACUUGUGCCCCAACGACAACCACAACUACUACAACCACCACAACUACUACAACCACCACAACUACUACAACGACAACAACAACCACUACAACCACUACGACGACAACAACUUGCGCACCUACAACCACAACAACGACAACCACAACUACUACAACCACAACAACCCCUACACCUACAACCACUACGACGACAACAACUUGCGCCCCUACUACGACGACCACAACAACGACAACCACUACAACUACAACCACAACUACUACAACCACAACCACAACCACUACACCUACAACCACUACGACGACAACAACUUGCGCCCCUACUACGACGACCACAACAACGACAACCACAACUACUACAACCACAACUACUACAACCACAACUACUACAACCACAACCACUACACCUACAACCACUACGACGACAACAACUUGCGCCCCUACUACGACGACCACAACAACGACAACCACAACUACUACAACCACAACUACUACAACCACAACCACUACACCUACAACCACUACGACGACAACAACUUGCGCCCCAACUACGACGACCACGACAACGACUACAACUACAACCACAACUACUACAACCACAACCACAACCACUACACCUACAACCACUACGACGACAACAACUUGCGCCCCUACUACGACGACCACAACAACGACAACCACAACUACUACAACCACAACUACUACAACCACAACUACUACAACCACAACUACUACAACCACAACCACUACACCUACAACCACUACGACGACAACAACUUGCGCCCCUACUACGACGACCACAACAACGACAACCACAACUACUACAACCACAACUACUACAACCACAACUACUACAACCACAACCACUACACCUACAACCACUACGACGACAACCACUUGCGCCCCUACUACGACGACCACAACAACGACAACCACAACUACUACAACCACAACUACUACAACCACAACCACUACGACGACCACAACAACGACAACCACUACAACUACAACCACUACAACAACAACAACGACGACGACAACAACUUGCGCCCCUACAACGACGACCACAACAACGACAACAACAACUACUACUACAACCACAACUACUACAACCACCACCACUACACCUACAACCACUACGACAACAACUUGCGCCCCUACUACGACGACCACAACAACGACAACCACUACAACUACAACCACUACAACAACAACCACUACGACGACAACAACUUGCGCCCCUACAACGACGACCACAACAACGACAACCACAACAACUACAACCACCACAACUUGUACGACUACUACAACUACAACCACUACAACUACAACCACUACGACGACAACAACUUGCGCCCCUACAACGACGACCACAACAACGACAACAACAACUACUACAACCACCACAACUUGUACAACUACUACAACCACUACAACUACUACAACAACCACCACUACGACGACAACAACUUGCACCCCUAAAACGACAACAACCACUACAUGCCCAGAAGCCGCUCCGACAACCACUACAUGCCCAGAAGCCGCUCCGACCACCACCACUUGCUCUGGCGCGACAACAACUGCCUGCCCCACUGAAGUAAAGGCGGUGGCUGCAAGCCAAUCGAAGCGUAAUCCUGUCCGCCGAAACCCCGUCCAAAAGCUACUUUGGGAAGUGGCCGAAUGGGCCGGUUUGUCGACCGCUAGUUCGGAGGGUACGAUUAGGGUUUCUUGCUUGGGAAAACCCGACGGAUUCCUGAUGGCAUCUCCUGAGCGGUGCAACGACUACUAUAUCUGUCGUCACCAGCGCGCCCUGAAGGUCAGCUGUGGUGACAGGUACUUCAACGGAAUGAAGGGCAUCUGCGAUCUCCCCGAAAACACCAGCUGUGUUCAGUCUUAAGUGAACCCUCCCCUGCUGAGACCAACAUCGUUUUUGAAAUGUGACAAGAAUUUAUGGGUCGAAACUUUAAUUAAU